CUCCUUUGUUUGGACAGUGGAAGUAAACGUAACGUGGACCACGUGACUAAAACCAGGAAGUGAAUCGAAUGUCAACAAUAAAAUGAUAGAGAUGGCUUCUUCAGAUUGGCAGCUGUCUUUGAAGCUGGUGGAUCAGCCUAAAUCCAUCUUCCACUUCCCCGAGAUGAUGCCGGGGGAUGUUUCACCGGGAGGAUACAGGGUCGCUACUUUAAAGCAACUUGUGGCAGCACAGUUUCCGGACUCCAUCCCAGACCCUGAACUCAUAGAGCUGGUCCACUGUGGGCGGAAACUUAAGGAUGACCUAACACUGGACGCCAGCGGGAUCCAGCCGGGAUCCACCGUACACAUCCUGAAAAAGACUUGGGCAGAGCCAGAGAGCAGUCCAGAGCCUGUGAACAGAGCCACUGCAGCCAGGGAGUUCAGGGUGUUUCAUGCUGCUCUUCACUCUCUCAACUCUGCCUACAGAGACUCAGUAUAUAAAAUGCUGACAAAUAAAGAGUCUCUGGAUCAGAUCAUUGUGGCAACACCAGGGCUCAGGUCAGACCCAGUUGCCCUAGGGGUGCUCCAAGACAAAGAUCUCUUCGUGCAGUUCACAGACCCCAACAUGCUGGAUGUGUUGAUCAGUUCACACCCAGCCCUCGUCAAUGCCAUCAUCCUGGUCCUGCACUCCGUGGCGGGCAGUAUGCCCACGCAGUCCAGUGCCAGCUCUUCUCGCAACGUCUCUGCCAGUUCUUACAGUGACAUGCCAGGAGGCUUCAUGUUUGAGGGAAUGUCUGACGAUGAGGAAGAUAUCCAGUCCGGGAGCCCAGCAGGUCCUUCCAGCAGAGCAGGAGGCUCAGCAGGAAUCCGUCCAGUCUCUCUGAGCCACAGUGGAGCGACGGGCCCUCGACCAAUAACGCAGAGCGAGCUGGCGACAGCUUUGGCCCUCGCCAGCACUCCUGACAGCAGCGCGGUCACUCCAACCACUUCAAGCCAGGCGGACCCCUCCAGUAGUGUAGCCCCAAUGCCAGCAGGGACCCCAGUCAGCAACGAUCUUUUCAGCCAGGCUCUACAGCAAGCUCUGCAAGCCUCCAACAUGUCUGCUCUACAGGGCCGAUGGCAGUCCCAGAUGCAGCAGCUCAGGGACAUGGGGAUCCAGGAUGAGGAGUUGAUGCUGAGGGCGCUGCAGGCCACAGAUGGUGACAUCCAGGCUGCCCUGGAGCUCAUAUUUGCUGGAGGUCCAGGACUGUGAGCCCAAAUCCCACAGAUGAAGGCUUUUAUACAGGAGAGAGCAGGAUAAAGCACAUCAUGCUGCAGAAAUGAUAAAUUAAGCCUUUACAAAUACAGUAUGAAGAUUUUUUUUUUACCCAUUACCCCGUUUCCAUACAGUAUCAUUUCAGGUGAGCUCCACAAGAGUGAUGACAUUUUUUCUUAUGGAUGUAACCCGUCUUUAAUUAUAAAUAAAUCUAAUCAUGCUUACCUCAUCAA